ACUUGCUAUUCCUGCCCCACUCUCAUUGUUACCACCACCACCACCACCAGCACGGCAUUGACGAUGGAGCUGCACCUGUUGCCCUUCUACACGGCCAAUAUUCUCCUGCUCGCUAGCUUCCCGGUGGUCCUGCUCGCCAUCCGGUACGCCGGGUCAGCUGCCAUCUCGUUGGAGACGCAAAUUCUGACCCUGAUUACCUUCAUGCUGCGGUAUAUGGAUCUACACAAGAACUGGCAAAGUCACGACACCUACAGAGUUGCCUUUAAGACGACGUACAUCUCCCUUGCCACCAUUAUUGUGGUGACUCUGGCAGCGGCGAAAUGGCACGCAGGGCAUAGAUGCGCAUGGCCGACGUUGCUCAUUCCGAUAAUCGUCGUGUCUGCCGUUCUCGCUCUACCGUUGCGCUAUAAAACGACGACCAUCAGCGGCGAGCUGUUCGAGUUUGCGUGGGCCAUGUCCGAGUACCUGGGUGGCUUGGCGCUUCUCCCUCAAUUGAUACACUCCUGGACCCGUCGUUUCUUGCGGAGAGAUGGGGAAGGGCCCAUCCGUGUGCAUCGCUCCAUCUUCGUGUACCUCUAUGUGUUGCUCGGCCAUCAACUUCUGUAUCUUAUCAACUGGACAGUCAAGUACUUUGUCAACGACACGCUGGAUCCAAUUGCAGCUACGUCUGGCUCCUUUCGCUUCGCGUCUAUCAUUGUCUUUCUCGCCAGGUACGCGGAGCACGACUCCGAAGGCCAAGUGCUUCUCGUCUAGCCCCGCAGAGGUCCAGAAUGGCAUUUCUAUGCACCUCUCUUUCUCUCUCCGUUUCCUCAAAACAUGUCACAACAUUUCCAAGUUUGAGUUCCUGGAAAAGAAGAGGUUGGGCGAGCAAAAUACUACUCUACCACUAGCUUGACAAAGGGCUCUCGAUUUUGGCGAAAUAGGACUCCUACCGGUAUAAACGGCGAAGUAUAGCAAAACACGUGGAGACAAUUUCAGAAUCCAU